AUGGCAGACACACAUAAUUUGAAAAUUGAGAUUGAAGCAGAUGCUGCGAGCACGCCAAAUAAGCUCUUUGAUUUCAAGGCAAGUGUGAACAAUGAGGAAGUGCCACUGGAAGUACUGCUCUCACUGGGCGCCUGCUUCUGUUCUGACAACACGCCGUUCUAUUCGGAAUUGUAUAACGAACGAAUUAGCUUGCAACAACCAAAUUUACGAAGCGAAAAAGCGGCGGGAAAAGAUUCGAGUCCUCUCAAUGAAGAGGCAUCAAAAGCCACAAUCCAGAUUACGAAGUGUUUGAGCGAAAAGUCAGCGGUGACUAGGGGCUAUGAUGUGGGUGUUGUGGUUCGUGUUCCACAGUCGAUGAGUAUCGCAUAUAUUCACACGCAUCGUUAUUUUAUUGCAGUACUCGAUUUUUGGCAGCAGUUCUUCGAACUGCACAAAAUCAUUCUUCGCAGCAAUGCUUCGACAAAAGCUGUUCUUGUAAGCUUCAUUUUUUCUAUGAAUUUUGAAAUGUUAGAAAUAGCACCAAACAAAAUGUUUGCUUGUAAAACUUUUACAACGUUGAAGGAUGACCGGCGAGCCCGAAUAAAAUUGAACUGUCUGAUCAACUGUCCGUCAGUUGUUGUGCUGCCGCUCAAUCAACUCUCAAAUCAAACUAUUAUUGCUGAAACUCCUCGGAUUCGAAUCAUUAAUCGAUUUCAUUUAUCAUCUACGAUUGACGAUUUCAGCAAUUCUAAGAUCGGCAACAUACUUGAGGAUGAUGAUUACGACUGUGUCAUUGACUGGAUGUCUGUUAAGUGCUCCGAAACAGCACUUUAUGAUGGCGUUCGAAUACCAAACACCACCGCUGCACUGCGUGAAGUUACUGGAUAUGAACGGAUAUGCCGCGAUAUGUUCCAGCAUUUCCACUUUUUACGCUCCAGGAAGAGUGUACUUUCCAGGCCAUAUGACUUAACAGUGAACGUGUUUCGAAAUCUGGAUGUGGCUAUUUCACACAGAGCGCCUGAUGUUUCAAUGAGCACAGAUAUCAGCAGUUUAGCAGUGAAAUUGACCACCGACUUUUAUCGUUUGUUGCGCGGUUUCCUGUCGAUGAACCUCGGCGAAGCCUUGGUGCCAGUGCCCGAGACAAUACCCAUCGAAGAAGUUAUUGGUGCGAGCAACAAGUAUGCCUCUUUUUCGUUUCGGAUGGCCCUCUCGAAUGUUGAGUUCAACUGUUUCGUGCCACGCGCCAACGAAGCUUCUCCUCAAGGAUUUGACCCAUUUGCAAGCGUGAGGCUAAACAGCGCGCGUGUUUCGUUCGAUGUAUUCAUCGACAGUCAGUCUGAGCUGGACCUCAUCUGCGAGAACAUGGAACUCAUCGACACUCGCUUCUUACGUCAGUUUUGCUCCUAUCACUUCAUUGUUAAGCGGACUUAUGUUACUGAUAAAUGA